UGCUCGAGCACCUUGUGCUAUCAACUCUUGCUACCCUGGAGAGCCAUCAUGUGCGUUAUGAGUACCGCCAAGACGGUACCUUUACCGGCCGGGCGGCAUUUGUCUUACGCCCUCCUGCAAAGACGGGCUUUUGCUUAAGAGCGGUGAAACCACACAGGUAUUUCCUUCUCCAUAACUAACAUCUCCAUACUUCUGGCGCACAAUGCAUGUACAGCGCUCUUAGCAUCCAGUACUCGACAGAGGGGCCUGCGUUGGGGAGCUUAGAUCUGCUCGCGCUGACUCGGCUUAAGAGCUCUAGGCCGUACUACAUCUUUUCAGGACAAUAUAUCAGUUUAUGGCUUCACAAAAUGGCCAUAAUUCGCACACGAAGCGAGAUAGGCUACUGUGACUCCAUAUAGAGCCUCCUUGCUGCCUGCGCUGCCAUCGCUAGGCAGUUGCGACUUCAUUGCAGUCCAGAGUAUCGCACGUCAUGUGAUGGUGCACGGAUCAGCGAACGUCUCGGUUGGACAUGGACUCGGUUUUCGCGUCGCUGCCCGUUCUUGCGCUUGCAAAACACCAGCCAUCCCAUAUAAAACACCACCACAACCGUCCGCGCCUUUGGAAAUCCAUCGCUACGGUCGCGAAUAUUCUCUUGACCCGACACGCAGUCAACUUUUCUUGACUCGAAACCGAAAAUGCCCGGUGGUAAAGGAAAGACAGGUGGCAAGACUGGUGGAAAGAGUGACGGCACGUCCAAGACGCCAAAAUCUCACUCCGCAAAAGCUGGUCUUCAGUUUCCCUGCGGUCGCAUAAAGCGCCAUCUACGGACCAUCACUCGCCAGAAAACCCGUAUCGGUGCAAAGGCAGCAAUCUAUCUUACCGCCGUAUUGGAGUACCUCACCGCCGAAGUUCUCGAGCUUGCGGGGAACGCUGCGAAAGACCUCAAGGUCAAGCGUAUCACGCCACGUCACUUGCAGCUCGCCAUCCGUGGCGACGAAGAGCUAGAUACCCUUAUCCGCGCAACCAUCGCUUUCGGUGGUGUGCUUCCACACAUCAACCGCGCGCUGUUACUCAAGGUCGAGCAAAAGAAGAGCAAGAAGCUUGAGGCAUAGAUGAUAUCUCAGGUCGCAGGAUGAGGGAACUUCGCGCGAGUAUGUAUUAGUUGCUGCAUGAUUCGUGGGUUUAUCUAUCUUCAGCAAACGGACGGGGUCCCGGCACAGAAGAAGGUGCGUGAGAUAUGGACGCGCUAAUUCACUUGGGACAUUUGCUAUGACUAGGCUUUGUUUGGCGGGGUGCUUCGGAACCUUUUUGGAGUAAAUGAAACUGGCGUGUGGGGAUAACGGUUGUUAUGGUCUGGUGUCUUACAAUAGUCAUUAACAAAGAAAGUCGAAGAAUGAACCCAAACAGCGAUGUCCAUGAA